CACUGAUAGGCGGCACUGAUAGGUGACACUGAUGAUGGGUACUGAUAGACGGCACUGACUGGCAUCACUGCUGGGCACUGACUGGCGGCACUGACUGGCACAACCGCUGGGCACUGACUGGCAGCACUGCUGGGCUGCACUGGUGGGUGGCACUGGUGGGCAGCACUGGUGAGUGGGCAAAUGUGGGUGGCACUGGUGGGCACAGGUGGGUGGCACUGCUGGGCACAGGUAGGUGGCACUUCUGGGCACAGGUGGGUGCACUGCUGGGCACAGGUGGUGAUCUGCUGGGCACAGGUGGGCGGAGCUAGUGGGCGCACUGCUGGGCACAGGUGGGCGGAACUUGCGGGUGGCACUGCUGGGCACCGAUCAUCAGGGCACUGAUCGAUCUGACAGCGUGAGGAAACUGCAG